AGGUCUGGCAGACUAAUGUUCCACACAGUCAAUUUCACAGGGAUUGUUUGAGUUAGCAGCUCACUUUCAGGUGUCAUUAUCGAGACAUUAAUCUCCCCACUGUACUCGGGGCUUGCUGCUCUGAAGGGAACAAGGAUGCUAAUCCAAAAUGGUGUGGUUACGGACACCUCUAAAGCUAUGUUAUCCUCUGUUGAAGGAUCAAGCAAGGGGUCUGGACGCCACCCACCCCCUGAGUCUGCAUAUCUAACAGUGUGGCGACAAAAGACGUACCCAACUUCAAACCACCGAAGGUAUCGACUGGGAACUAGGUCAUUUUCUCCGCGUAGAUCUCCAAACUUUACCGAUACGUUGGACAUGUUUAGUUCAGGAACCCAGGACCGUGUAUCAAGAAGAAUCUGUCUUGCCUCAUGUUCACCUUUCAUGGCGUACCACUGGACAGUCUUAGCAGCUAACGAUGAAUAGUCAUUGCAAGUCUGGUUCUGGAGGACGUGGACAGUUCCUGGAACAACACACCAGUCGGGGAACACGGCACCACGAGCACAGCAAACGACGAGGGUUAUCAACACUAGUUGAAGGAUCAUUUUGGACAUGCCCCGCCCCUGUACGCGCAAAAAGAAGUAUAUUAUACAGAUUUGAGCAGUGAACCAGCGAUGGGUGCUGGCAUUUCCCGGCGGUCAGAACCAGAGGUCCAUGUGGUGGUCGUGCAGUCUCAAGAAAACGGGCAGGUAGACGCCAAAGUUGUACGGAAAAGCUACCGCAAACCGGAGUCGGAGGGAGAGGUCCGUUGCGGUGCAUCUGACGAUGAACUGUCUUCUGAACACCACUUGCACAGCAGAUACAUUAGGCAGCCUACGGAAGGUCAUCAUUCUUACUCAAAACUCAAAUCCCCGACCCAUCGUAGAAGAAACAUCCCAAAUCAGCUAACAACAAGAGCUUUUGAGCCCCUCAGAUUGUCGUCCUCAUUGUCUAGUGACCACAGAGAAUGUGCACCUGAUUUUAUAACUCCGUCUUAUAGCGACCCUAAACACCAACAAAGAGUGAAGGCAGAGAGACCAGUAACUGAGGAACUAUCGCCAGUAGGAGACAUUGCUCGCACAACGUUUGAAUUGUUUAGGACUUAUGAUGGUGCUGAAGAGUAUACAGUGUAUAUGAGAGACGAUGGAAAACGGUUUUAUGUAGAUUUUGAGGAACAGAAGUGGCGCUACUUUCCAAAGUCAUGGGAAGAGAGAGGAUACUUUAAAGCAAUAGAUUAUGAUCCUUAUGAGAACUCUGAAAGUUUGGCACAAGGUAAACAGUUUCGUGAUACCCGUUCUGGAGAAUUUAUUCAUCCCACUAAAGGAAAAUUGGUAACAUACCUCAGGCAGGAAACGCAAAAUGUCUUGUAUUUCUUGGAUGAAACUAGCGGAGCAUGGUUACCGAUGCCACUUAACUGGGAGAGACAUGUACCUAACAUUACAAACCUUGCUGAAAAAGUACAGAAAGCCUGUCCACAAUGGAAAGACACGAGGGCAAUUGUUGCUCUACUCAGACAAUGCAAUUACAGUGUAGAGGACUGUGUCAGCAUCUUUACAUCUCUUAAUGAUGACGGUGUUUUGGACACAUCAGAACAUUCUGGAAGAGAUAUGUUGAGAGCAAAGCUGGAGAAGCAACUAGUCGAAUCUAGAUAUCAGCUGAAAAGAAUGGAAGAAAGAAAUAAGGAGUUGGAAAUGGACAACGAAAUACUGCAAACUAAGCUUCAGGAGUUGGAGAUGGAGAACAGACGGUUAAAAAGAGAUGCUGAGAGACACUCAAAGUAUCAACAGCAAAUUGUCAACAAGAAGCACUCUACAUCAGGCAGAUCAAUAUUUUUCACUCCCAGAAGGAAUUUGCAUGUUCUAAAGGAAGAUGUAAAUACUUUGCAAACGAAAAUAGUCUCUCUGCAAAGCGCUGCUACAAAAGGAAUGACAACCUACCGAACCAUGUUGGACAAGUUUUCCUCAGAAAUUACUAAAUUACUAUGUGCUUACCGUGGUCAAUCGAGGGAAAUUGGUGAAGUAAGAGCUCUUUAUCAGAAGGAAUCCUUGCACCGAAAGCUGCUGUACAAUGAGGUCCAGGAGUUACGAGGAAAUAUUCGUGUGUUCUGUCGCUGCCGCUAUGAUGAGCGUGGGGCAUGUGCCUUGAAGUUUGAUGCCAGUGGCAUGAUUGUGUGCUCUACUGGACAAGGCAGACGGAGAGCAUAUGACUUUGAAAAAAUAUUCCCCCCCAACUCUACUCAAGAGGAGGUAUUUCAGGACACUAAGGCAACCAUCACAUCAUGCGUGGAUGGAUAUAACGUGUGUAUUAUAGCUUUUGGUCAAACUGGAGCAGGAAAAACAUACACUAUGAUGGGUUCAAGGGACCAACCAGGAGUCAACAUCAGGUUGUGUAAGGGAGGGAUAUAACACUCAGUUGUUGAUGACAUAGAGUCCUACAUCCAAUAGUAAACACUCUUGGAGAAAGGUUGUCGAAAAUUUAAUGACUUGGUGUGAUUAACCAAUAAACAGACUCCUUGUGGUUUGACUACAUACUGUGUUAUUAUUUAGAUCAGUGAAGGAACUGUUUAGAAUUUGUAAAGAAAGAACCAAAGUGAAGUACUCCAUGAAGGUGUCUAUGGUUGAGGUCUACAACGAAGCAGUGUUUGAUCUUCUUGUUGCACCUGAUGAUGGGCAUGAGAAACUCCAAAUCAUUAAAAAAGGAAAGGAAACAGUUGUACAGGUAUUGGUUUGACAGAAUUUGAAAUAAGAAACAUGGAUGACAUAAUGAUGGUUAUGCAAGAAGGAGAACAAAACAGAACUGUCGCAGAUACAAAAAUGAACACUAACAGUUCUCGUUCACACCAAGUUCUAAUGCUGCGUGUGGAGGGGUAUGACAGAGUGUCUAAGACUACAAGUCAUGGCAGACUGACCCUCGUUGACCUCGCAGGGUCUGAGAGGAUUUCACGUAGUGAGGCUACUGGGAUAAGAUUGGUUGAAGCUGCAUCUAUUAACAAAUCUCUUUCUGCCCUUGGACAGGUAUUUUCGUCCAUCAGGAACAAUGCACUUCAUAUUCCCUAUCGUAAUUCAAAACUCACCUUUCUUUUACAACCUUCAAUUGGGGGAGACUCUAAGGUGUGUGUGUUUGUCAACAUAAGUCCACUUGCAUCCAAUUUGGCAGAGACUAUUAGCACUCUUGAAUUUGGGCAGAAUGUGAGACAAGUGGAACUUGGCCAAGCACACAAACACAUUACGAAAGUUAUUUAAAGUCAUAUGUCUAUUGUAAAAUGCAGAAGCUAGUAUUGCAGCUGAUGAGCUAAGGAGGCAGUAGAAAUUGGCGUUUUCUCUGCUAUCUUAUUGUGGUAUGAUUAGUUUGGAUCCGGCCAAGGUGUCCAUAAGUUCAGUAACAUAUUAAUGUGGCAGCUGUGGGUUUUUAUCCUUCUACGGACCCCAAAGUGGGCCACAAAACCCAUCAAGACAGUCCAUUCGAACAAAAAAAUUUCAGGUUUCUUCAAUUGCCCCAUAAGCUAUCCAAACUCUUCUUGCACACCUCGAUCCCUGCUGUAGUUAUGACUUAACAAUAGUUACCCCUAAAAUCUACAUCCACUUCAUAGAGUAGCUGGUGCUCCUGGUCCAAAUCCAGCAACAUUUGAAAAUGACUGAGGCACCAAUGUCAACCUGCACA